AUGGCCUACGAGCAUGACCCUCUAGCUGGAUUCGCUUCUGCAUAUGGGACAGGUGCAGCCUUCCUCAGCGAUAUUUGGUGCUUGCAGUUGGUUGUGGAGAGGCUGCAAGCACUCGAAGAAGCUUAUGGCGAGUCGUUGCCCUGGUCCAAAUCCAUUUUGUGGAUGUCGCGGCUGAACAUUCUAAUCUUCUUCGCACUCGCUGCGGCGAAUGUGAGCCCGCCAGCUGCCUCCCUUGUAGUCAGCAUAAUCUCGACGCUGAGCAUCGGAGUCAUCACGUUCCUGAUCUGGCAGGCCUACACCGUCCCACUGCAAGAGUUGCGAGAAGCGUUGAGACUUCAGGCGUUGGAUGGUGUGCUGAUUCAACUGCACAAGGAAGCGAGGUUUGCCAUGAGGGUGAUACGCAAGGCUCAGAUCGCCCUCUUAUUGGCCAGCUUCUCCAUGGGAUGGCACAUUGCAAGCUGGGGUGUGUCCUGGGUGAUUACAACGCAGGAGGCAGUCGAUGCCUUCCAGUAUGGUGCCAUGGUCGACACACUGGGAAACCCACUAUGCAUGCUGCUGCUUAUCAACAGUUCCCUUCAAUUACCGAGCUGCCCGAGCUACAUGCCGAUUCAAUCUGUGAAUGCCGAGCUUCCAGAAGAGGAAGAUCUGGGCCGGGGCUGCACCUGCGGCAGGAGAGUCGGAAUCCGACAGCGAUCGCAGUCAGAAGGGCAGGCGGACGUGGAAAGCUGCGACAAGUGUGCCUGGGUGGAGAAGGUUGCUGAGAUCGGUGACCGUCGAGUUACGGUCGGUCAACUCCUGGACUUCCACGCCAGGUUGAGAUUGGAGGGCCUCAUGUCCCAUUUCGAUCCGUUGCGAUCGACGACAAACGACGUCGCCCGGCAUGCCAUCAUCCCUGAGUCACGGUGUGGAAAUGUGGGGAAGGCACUGGCCGAGGUUUGGGCUCAAGGAUCUCGAAGCUCACUCCGCAUGGUCACUCACCACUGGGCCAACCGGUUCAGCGACUUGGUCUCUGCGGUGGUGGCAGACAGCCUCGGCUUGAAGCGCUGGGACAGCAUCGCUGAGAAGCUGGCAGACAGACAGGAGGCAACUCUCAAGGAGCGGCUUCUGGACUGCGGUGCCCUUCACCAGAACUACUGGAUCUGCGCACUGUGCAUCAACCAGCAUGCAAGCAUUUGUGGCAGCGCCUUGGGCGUGAGAGACACUGUCACUGGCAAGGUGCUUCCGUCGUGCGAUUGUGCCACGCCGAAGCACUUCAACGACCAGCCUAUCCAAUGUGAGCUCAACAAGUUUGACAGUAUGAUGCUACACCUACACCGCCAUGAUAUGCAGGGCUUCUUGCAAGUCGUGGCCGUUGACCAGGGUUUCAACCUUUUUUCGCGCGCCUGCUGCCGACUGGAUCAACAUGUCAUCCUUCACUCACCGGAGGUCCUUGAGAAAAACUCGGGGCGUCUGAGCUCCCUGCGGGUGGAGGACUGCUGCUCCUCGCGGCCAGAAGAUAAGGAGGCCAUCCUGUCAAAGAUUGGCGGGAAGGAUGACAUCUUUGAGUUUAACCAAGGUUUGCAACAGCUUCUCUUGGGUUCGCAGGGGCUUCUAGCAGGAUGGCUGGACGGCCAAAGGUUGUUACAGGAGGUUGGAGCUAUCGCUGCUCGAGCCAAAGCUCGUACCUGCCAGCCUUCUGACAGCUGCGCCCCGCAAGUUUGA